AUGGCUGCUGCGGUAGCACCGGUAGAGCUACCCACCGGAAGGCGGUCCUACUACAAUACUUCGACGCCGGUCGACAUUCACGAUCCCAAUUGGAUUCCUGUACUGGACACCGCUACGUACAAACCGCCCUUGUCUCCGACAGAGAAAGAAGUAUCAACCCUUCCUCAGCCACCCGCCUCAUUCUCACUCUUUCCGUCGUCACAGGCCAAUUCUCCGAAGCCUCGCCCGGGCUUCUCUCACACCUAUUCAAAGAGUGCUCUGGCGCCUGAGAGUGUGGCGUCAGAUUCGGAUUCGAGGUCCCAAAGCCCACAAGACAGCAUCGAACCGUUGCCCAGUAUAGGAGGUUCUGUCCAAGCUUCUCAAGAUGGGGAUAAAGGACAUAAUCGUCAAACCAUGUCCACCACAGCAGAGUCAAGUGAAGAGAAGAUAUCAGUUAGCACCGAGGGUCCUGGAGACAUGGUUGGCGCACUCAACAGCGAGGAGAACGAGACUGCAAUUGUCAUGGAGGAACGAGACUUGAGUCUCCCAGCGCCGCCCCCGGAACCGGUCGGAGACUCAAUUCUGAACUCAUCUACUCGGUCGUCUAUGAUUUCAACGGCAACCAAGAAGAGUACAGUGCUUCCGCCGACCUCCAAGUAUAACCGAAAACAUGUGACAUCCGUCGCAACGACAGUUGGGCGGCCGCUGGUCCCCAGCCUACCUCAGACACCCCAGGAAUCACCCCGGCUAGGGCCAACGGCAUCUACGACAACUCCUUUGGUCCAACCUUUGCCAUCUCCAAAGCUGCCACCCGCUGAACCGCCUCGGCAGCCAGAUCCCCCUCAAAAGCUUCAACCUGCGAAGUCUACAGCAUCCGAACGGCGACAACGAGCGCUGCAUUCACACCCAUCAAACGUCUCGCUACGGUCGCAGCGUAACUCGAGCUCGGAUGAUGCCGAGAUCAUCCCAAGGCCUCCAUCUAUUCGUAAUAAAUCCAGGAAAUCGACCGAUUCGCGCGCAACGACCCCCAGGUCCACCAUAUAUGAUUCACAGGUCCCGACGCCGGCCCCGACCACACCACUUCCUCAGUUACCUCCCGGAGCGCAAAUUCGACGACCGUCCACGCGGGAAGGUAAUUCGCAGAGGGCAUUACAGGCUCCCAUCGACGAACCAGUACCUUCAGCAGUGUCUGCUUUUCGGCCGUUUGAACAUGCUGAAAUGGCGUCGUUCAUGACGGAGAAGAACACGAUUAUAUGCCGGCGGUUUGAUGCCGUGCACGUGAGGCUACUCCUAUGUCUGCAAGACGAAAUCUCGCAGUUGGAGAAAGAGCUUCUGAAGCUCGAAAGCCCCAAUUCACCGGGAAGCGCUUCUGAGAAGAUGUUGCAGAAGACUCGGAUACUGCGAGAGCUGCGCAAAGGGGUGGCGGAAUAUGAUCAUCUGUUCACAACGUGGAGCACGAUGCAAGCAAACAAAGUCAGCGAGUCGACGACCAUGGAAUUGAAAGAUUGGCUCUCAAAGCCUGGAACCAGCAUCGAGGCCGGUCUCGGUAUCAACACGCAGCAGGAUCUACAGUGGCUCGAGAACACCAAGGACCUCAGCAGUAUUGAACUCGGCGUCAAGGCGCAAGACCCUGCAGUAGAUAAAGAAAAGGCCAGCAAAGAGGCCACCGGCGGCGGUGGAGGCGGAUUCAUGGCAUUAUUUGGAUGCGGCGGCAAACGGAAGUAA